AUGAUGAACGCUGAAGUGGCGGAGCGGGUAUUGAGACCACUGAAGAGCACAACCUUGAAGCAUGUAUCGGUGCUGCUGGGAGCUAGGAUAGAAGCCACCAAGAGUGCGCGGAUCAGCAGUAUUAUUAGUCAGUGUGCCGUGCUGGACAGGUUGCGGUGCCGACGAGAUGCCGGGGAUCUAGUGGUUACUGCAAUCGAUGCGGGAGUCUCUAAUUUCGCGUAUUGCAGUCUGCAGUUAAGAAAGGAUCGUAAGCCACUGCUGGUGGGGUGGGAGAAGUUUCAACUCGAGAGUAAGUUUGUGGAUGGCCACAUGGAUGGGGAUAAGCUGGCACUAAACCCUGAGAAUUUCUCGAGAUUGGCCACAAAGUUGUCACAGUACCUGCUGGCGCUGCCGUAUGCCACUCAACUCUAUGCCAUUGAAAGACAAAGAGCACGGUCAAUGUCCUCCAAGUUUGUUCUAGAGCCGGUCCUUAGAUCAAAUAUUUUGGAGUACCUUCUUUUCUCCACUUUGGCAAACGCUAAGGAAACUGGACGUGGAACUAAAGACUAUGAGAUCAUCUCUUCUGACCCUCAGAGAAUGGUUAAUUAUUGGGUUACAGUUGGAAGCUCAAAUACUAAGUACCAGGAACUCAUUCUUGAUAAAAAUAGUAAGAAAUACAGGAUAGCACUAGUUAGUGAUAUUCUGUGUAAUUCAGUGCAUGAUGAUUGGGAUUUUGGCGUGGAAUUGACAAGCAUAUGGAGAAGAAGGAUAGCAAAGGCUCAAAAUAAAAAAACUAGCGACUUGAAAUUAUAUACGCUGAUUGAAAAUAGCGAUACAAACUUGGGCACAAAGAAAGAUGAUGAUCUAGCUGAUUCAUUCUUACACGCUUUGAUGUGGUCAAAAUGGCUGAAUAAUUAUGAGACCUUAGUUUACGAGAUAGAUAAUAAGCCAUUCAAUGACUUCGAAACGGGUGUGCUGGAGUUGAUUAAAAAUAUACAAAUUCCUAAAAUACUGUAA